AUGAGUACCACCGAGGUCCCUUUGAACAUGGCUUUGCGUGAAGCCAAACAGCGCGUGGACACCGCCAUGAUGAACAAGCUUCUCAUUGAGGAGCUCGAAGAUGCCUCCAAAGUAGGUUUGAUCAAGGAGCUGAGCAGAACUCUGAACAUGGAUCUUGACUCCGGCGUCCGGGCUUGUCUGUGGUUCGCGGAUGUUGAACGACUUAAAGCGCUCGUGCAAAAAGCCCGAGAAGAUGAAGACAGUGAGGCACUAAUCCUCCUGAGAGGUGACCUUGUUACUGCCAUGCUCCAAACGUGUAAGCUUCUACCGAGAUACCCGACGCCUACUCCAGAUGUAGUUGCAUUGACUAACCCAUCUGUGAUCGAAGGGGUUCCCCGAAAGCCGCAACGAAAGAGGAAACGACAAGAAAGCGUAUCCGAGCCAUCAGAGGCUAGCACAAGCGAUGGCCAGAACCAGACCUUGCUUCAAACUGCAGCAGCCAGUGGCCCUGACACGUUACUUGGGCCGCCCCGUCUAGGAAAAGCGAAAAAGCUUUGUCGUGAGAGGGAUCAGAACACCUGCGUGGUCACUGCUAAUGGCAUUACUGCUGAAGUGGCUCACAUCUACACUCACUGUCUCAACCCGCUGGAUAGUCAGAAUCAAGACAGGAAUCGGAUUUUCUGGUCUGUACUCAAGCUUUUCUGGUCAAAGGCGAUGGUGGAGAGCUGGAAGUCAGCUGUUCUGGGUCCCAUGGGCACCGAGGCUUGUCAAAACAUGUUAUGUCUGUCGCCAACUGUACACAGACGUUGGCAAAAGGCCCACUUCGCUUUGAAGCCUGUGGACAAAUCGGAUAAUGGAAAGGAGAUGACAGUCCAAUUUUUCUAUCUUCUGCGUGGAAAGUAUGCUCAGCAAACAAAGCUUGAAACUCGACCUGAUGAAACAUGUCAUCUGACACCUGGAAUUAUGUACAACGAGAAAGCUGGGGCUGCUAUCUACUCUGGCCAAAAGCUGGUUAUCAAGACAGCUGACCCCCAAAGGCACCCACUUCCAUCCUUUGACCUAUUACAAAUGCAGUGGAUCUUGACGAGGAUUGUGGCGAUGAGUGGUGCUGCCGAUGACAUCGAGCCCUCUGAUAGGUUUUCUGGCGGUAAUAUGGAUUGGUUUCUAGGCAUGUGCGACGAGGAAAAAGAGGAGGAGGAAGAGGAGGAAGAGGAGGAGAACAGUGAGGAUGAAGAGGACGAGGAAAAGAUCGAGGAGGAAGUUGAAAAAGGCAAAGAGACGGACGGGGAAAAGCAGGGGGUGAGAUCCUCAAUUGUCCCAAGGGUUGGAGAGAAUCAACCGGUCCACUCAAUACCCUAG